CUAUGCUUAUUGCUUGUACUUACAGCUCACAGACAAUUCUUGAAUGAGUGUUAAUGAUACACAUUUUUUUUGUCGGACUCAAAAAUAACCACUGCCGUUCAAUUUUACUUAAAAUAUGUCUUUGAAUCAAUUAAAUCCAGCCUACGAGGCAAUUGGAAAAGGGUUUGUACAACAAUAUUACGUGCUAUUUGAUGACCCGUCCCAGAGGCCGUCGUUGGCCGCAAUGUAUAACCCGGAAACGUCGUUUAUGACUUUUGAAGGUGUUCAACUACAGGGUACAGUUAAAAUAAUGGAAAAAUUAACUAGCUUAACUUUCCAAAAAAUCAAUAGAGUUGUAACAUCAGUAGAUUCACAGCCAAUGUUUGAUGGUGGUAUAUUAAUCAAUGUCUUAGGUCGUUUACAGUGUGAUGAAGAUCCACCUCAUCCAUUCAAUCAAGUGUUUGUAUUAAAAUCAGUAGGUUCUACUUUCUAUUGUGCCCAUGACAUCUUUCGUUUAGGAAUUCAUGAUACUAUGUAAAACAUUGUAUUAUUGUAUUCUGUUUAAUGUCACUUGUCACUUAUAUUGUCAAUAAAUCAGUUUUGGUAACUAAUGAUUAUAAAAGAAACAAUUUUUAAGCA